GCCUAUACUGGAAUCUCACAAUCCUCGUGUAAGCUUUUUUUGGUAGCUGUUAAGAUUUGCUGGGUGCAAGGAUUGAUUCUUUCAAGGGAUUCGUCGUUUUUCCCCCCAAAAAUAAAGAAUUGGACUCAAGACUUGGCUGGUAGUAGCCUACUACGCCCCUGCAUUACAAAUCUUAACUUGCCCCAUUUUUUUCCUUUUAAAAAAGGUCAUUUGAACUUACGAUUCAUGGGGCUGGGUUUGCGUCUUACGGAAAUCUUGGCUUGCAGAUCAGAGGGAAGCACGUGUAAUUUGCUCUCGUCGGCUGCAACGAUGCUUUUCCACGGUCUCCCUGGAGGAGAGAUGCAGGGCGUUAUGGAGGAGAUGGAGCGCAGAGGCAAAGGCGACUCGUCGGCGAUCAGCUCGGCAAUAGACAUGGGGGAGACAGGAACGAGCAUGCCGUCUAUCAGCGGGGACAGGGUGGCCCUGUGCGCCGGCUGCGGUGGGAGGAUUUCGGACCGCUACUAUCUACUGGCCGUGGACAAGCAGUGGCAUAUGCGCUGUCUCAAGUGCUGUGAAUGCAAACUCAACCUGGAGUCCGAGCUAACGUGCUUCAGUAAAGACGGCAGCAUCUACUGCAAGGAGGAUUAUUACAGGAGGUUUUCAGUGCAGAGGUGCGCGCGAUGUCACCUGGGCAUUUCGGCGUCGGAGAUGGUGAUGAGGGCGCGAGACCUGGUCUACCACCUGAACUGUUUCACCUGCACGACCUGCAACAAAAUGCUUACGACGGGGGACCAUUUCGGCAUGAAGGACAGCUUGGUGUACUGUCGGCUCCAUUUUGAAAGCCUCAUCCAGGGGGACUAUCCGGCACAUUUCAAUCACUCGGAUGUAGCGUCUGCUAAAGGACUGGGCACGGCUGGACCGUUGGGACUCUCAUAUUAUAACGGCGUCAGCACGGUGCAGAAAGGCCGACCCAGGAAGCGAAAGAGUCCUGGGCCGGGAGCUGAUCUAGCCGCCUACAAUGCAGCUCUGAGCUGUAACGAGAACGAUGGGGAUCCCAUGGAUCGCGACUCCCAGUACAGCACGGGUCAGAAGACCAAGCGCAUGCGGACGUCCUUCAAGCACCACCAACUCCGUACCAUGAAGUCGUACUUCGCCAUUAACCACAACCCCGAUGCCAAGGACCUCAAACAGCUGGCCCAGAAGACUGGCCUCACCAAACGCGUCCUGCAGGUUUGGUUCCAGAACGCACGGGCCAAAUUCCGACGGAACCUCUUGCGGCAGGAGAACACGGGCGUGGACAAAGGUUCGGACGGCUCAGCGCUGCAGGGUGGCACACCCUCAGGACCCGCCUCAGAGAUCUCCAACGCGUCGAUGAGCCCGUCCAGUACGCCCACCACCCUGACGGACCUCACCAACCCUACCAUGCCCACCGUGACGUCGGUGCUGAGCGCAGUGCCCGGGGGCAUGGACGUGCUCGAGUGCCGCAGCCCCUCCCAGACCACUCUUACCAGCCUCUUCUGAUGCUCGCCCCCCACGAUGCCCUGGCACACUGGCAUGCCCGCCUGCCCGUACGUCCACUGUGUAGACCACAGACGGGCACAGGUGCCCUCACAAACUGGCAGUCGGGAGAAGGUUCUGACCAAACCCGAUCAUUACCACGUCCAACUGACCACAGACCACAUACACUCCUCGCCUUCGCUGGGCUUGUUUGGAGAUGCGUUAGGCCGUCGUCACAACAGCCGGGCGAAGUUUGGCAACGCAGCAAGAUGGCUCCAGAGAGCACCACAGGCUAGCGUCCACACCAGCACCCGCGGCCUCUCUUGACGUCACUCUCCUCUCCCCUCGUCCACCCCUCUGGGGUGGCUGUCGCUAUAACGACUGGCUCCAGAUGCCAGAAUUCCGGUAAAACCGACGUAAACUGUUGUGAACUGUUGUAAACUGACAAACUAAGAGAAAGGAACUCUGGCUAGUUUCACUCUUGAGUCUAUUUUAGAAUAAUGCAGAACAAAUGUCCAUGUGUUCCUCUCUUUUUAUUUCUUUUGAUCUUUUCUGUUGAUGUUGUUGUUUCUGUUUUCUUUUCUUCUUUUUUUUCCUGGAGAUUUGAAGAUGAGCAUUUUCCUCACACCAUGUUUACAGAAAGAGAUUUUGCAGAGCAAACAAACAGAGCUUCAUUUCUGAGCCUCGGCCCGUUAUUUAUGUAUUAACUGUGGGGUCAGAGAGAGGGAGAGAGAGAGAGAGAGAGAGAGAGAGAGAGAGAGAGAGAGAGAGAGAGGGACUCCGGGCCAGUACCGGUCCAGUUCUGGGUCUUGAUGACUCGGUCGCUGAGUCGGCAGCUAGAAGGAUUCUAAUGUGAAUAAUUAUGCAGCGGAGCAAGCACCGGAACCGCACUCCAGUUUCACGCCUCACUCUGCUGCCCAGCAUGAUGAGCAGGAAGUUGAGGAAGACGAAGAGGAGGAGGAGGAGAGCUCAGUAUUCAUGAGCAUCGCGCUCCUCAUCACUGUUGCUGUUUGAAUAUGGAUGGUGGUACUCAGCAGGGCAUAGGACAGAAAAGGGUUAGACAAGCUACGGGCUCGCUCUCUCUGUGUGUGUGUGUGUG